GGCUUCGUUGCUGCAGGUGGUGUAUAGAUUGCACGCGUCGCUUCUUCGGCUCCUUCCUGGCUAUUCGACUUCGCUCCUUCUACGACUUUCCCUUCCUGUCCGAUCGGAAGUUACGACAUUUUGAUCGGAAGCAAGAACAGGAGCUCGCUAGCUGUGAAUGUAACUUUCCCCCUUUCGCGCGCUUCUUCGGCUAAAUCCCGUUAAAUCCACCGAACCGAGGGAUUUAGUAAAUCCGGGAUUUAAGCCAUAAAUCCCUAAAUUCGGGAUUUAUGAAAUCCCGGGAUUUAACGCUCGCACAAAAACCGUUUGGCUGGAUUUAGCGUAAAUCCAACUUAAAUCCCAACAUAAAUCCGAUACCAAACAGCCCCUGAGAGAGAGAGAGAGAGAGAGAGAGAGAGAGAGAGAGAGAAAAGGGGGGAGAAAAUGGGGUCGAGGGAGUGGUUGAAGAAGGCUCUGGUGGAUAUCUGCGGUAGAAUGGAGAGUGCUUUGGAUCUGGACGCCGAUCUCAUAUCGGGGCUCGUCUCCUUCUGCGAGCUGGCGCCGCCGCCUGACGCUGCUGAAUACCUCAUGAAUAUCAUAGGUCCAGAAGUCGGUCAAGAUAUUAUUAAAGGUUAUUUGGAAAUAAGAGGUUAUAGUGAUUCCAACAACAGUAAGUCAGACAUGCAAACCUCGAUGUUUCAAGCCUAUUUGAAGCCCCCUGCUGAUGAAGGUCUUAUUGUUGCAAACAAGAAACAAAAUAGAGUACCAAAAGAAGGAUCCUUCACCAACAACCAGGACCCUAAUAAAAUUCUAAAAGAGAGUACAGAUUCAAAAAACACUCAUGGAAACCCUAAUAUCCCUAAAAAGAAAAAGGCUGGAAAGUUGAUAUCUAUCGCCGAGGCUGCUAAAGGUUCUGUGGUAUUCCAGCAGGGAAAGCCAUGUUCUUGCCAAGCUCGUCGUCACCAACUUGUGAGCAACUGCUUAUCCUGUGGUAAGAUUGUUUGUGAACAAGAAGGUGAGGGCCCAUGCAGCUUCUGUGGUGCGCUCGUACUUAGAGAAGGUAGCACAUAUGCUGGUUUAGAGAAUUUCUCAAUUCCUACGUCAGAUUCAGAAGCCACUGCUGAAGCAUAUGCUAAGAGACUUGUAGAGUAUGAUCGAAACUCUGCAGCCAGGACAAAAGUAAUAGAUGACCAGAGUGACUAUUAUGAGGUUGAAGGAAAUAAUUGGCUAUCAACAGAGGAGAAGGAGCUCUUAAAGAAGCAGCAAAAGGAAAUUGAAGAAGCUGAGGAAGCCCGGCGAGGAAAAGUGAUUGUUACAUUUGAUUUGGUUGGCCGCAAGGUUGUUUUGAACAAGGAUGAAGCUUCGGAAAUGGAAUCCCAGUACAGAAUACUGAGACCUGCAGAAGAAAGAGAACAGAACCGCAUAAAGCCUAAUCCUAGUGUCAGAGUACAACCAGUAUUCGUCAAUACUGAACCCACUAGGAAUCCUGACAAGAGGAAACAAAAUGCCCCAACGGCUAAUGGUUUCUGCCUAGAAAUAAGUGGAAGGGUGCAGCAUGACAACAAUGAGCUACGUCCUUUGGUUGGAAACUAUUCUAGUCAUGAUGCUUCAGUAGGAGAAGAUGAACCUGAAUGCUCAGUAGAUUGUGGUUGAGAAUUUAUGAUUUUUUUUUUCUUCGGAAAGAAAUUGAACCAGUAGCUGAUCUUUUAUUUUAUUGCUUUAGCAAUUCAAUGAUGAUUCAAAUAGUAUACUGGUGCUGUUGAUGAAUGAAAUGACUACAGUGCUACUUAACAUUGGUUAAUCAAUAUACCUCCAAUGGUUUUCCCUAUUGUAAAA